AUGAAGCUCUCUCUCCUGGCCCUGGCAGCCGGCGUCGCACAUGCCGCCUCCAUUCCUGCUUAUCCCCGUGCGCUGCCAAAUGCGCCCGAUGGCUACGCCCCAGCCAAUGUCUCCUGUCCUGCUACUCGGCCGAGCAUCCGCAGUGCUUCUUCCUUGUCUUCCAAUGAGACGGAGUGGCUGAAGAUCCGGCGGAACGAGACCCUCCAGCCGAUGAAGGAUCUCCUCGGUCGAUUGAACCUGACCGGCUUCGAUGCGACCUCCUAUAUCAACAAACAUUCCAGUAACAUCUCGAACAUCCCGAACAUCGCCGUUGCCGUGUCCGGUGGUGGCUAUCGCGCGCUCACCAAUGGCGCUGGCGCGAUAAAGGCCUUUGAUAGUCGCACCUCCAACUCCACCAACACCGGACAGCUCGGCGGCCUGUUGCAAUCGGCCACCUACCUCGCUGGUCUGAGCGGCGGUGGAUGGCUGGUCGGGUCGGUGUAUGUCAAUAACUUUACCACCAUCUCCGAUCUACAGGCCAGCGACCAAGUGUGGGACUUCACGACCUCCAUUCUGGAGGGACCUCCAGCGAAACACCUCCAGAUCCUCAGCACGGCCGAAUACUGGAAUGAAUUGCUCAAGUCGGUUGGUUCAAAGAAGGAUGCCGGAUUUAAUACCUCUUUGACGGACUACUGGGGUCGAGCCCUCUCAUAUCAGUUCAUCAAUGUCACCACCGAUGACGGUGGUCCGAACUACACCUGGUCUUCCAUCGCCCUCGUAGACAACUUCAAGCGCGGACAGAUGCCUCUUCCCAUCCUCGUUGCCGAUGGGCGAGGCGCCGGUGAAAUUAUCGUCGGCAGCAACUCGACCGUAUACGAAUUUAACCCGUGGGAAUUUGGCUCUUUCGAUCCCACCGUCUACGGCUUCGCCCCGCUGGAGUUUCUCGGGUCUAGGUUCGAGAAUGGCGAGCUGUCCCGCAGUGAUAGCUGUGUCCGCGGGUUUGACAAUGCCGGCUUCGUCAUGGGUACCUCGUCGUCCCUGUUCAAUCAGUUUCUGCUGCAGAUCAACAGCACUAGCUUACCCAGCCUUCUUAAGUCGGCUUUCACCGACAUCCUGGAGGACCUCGGUCAAGACAACGACGACAUCGCCAUCUACGAGCCCAACCCGUUCUACCACCCGAACGCCACGUAG